AUGCCCGGACGAACAAAGAACCGCGACGAUGCGUCUGAGGAGGUAGACACUUCCAUGGACGACGCUCCUACUUCAGCACAAAAGCCCACUGAAGAAGAGAAUGGAGAUGCCAUGGAGGAGGACGGGUCGGAAGGUGGCGAUCCAUUUGAAGAGGAAGAGGAGCCUCAGCGAGUUAGGAUUCUUCCUGGAUCAUCCGAGACGGCGGCUUCCUUCGAAUUCCUAAAGGAGGGACAUACCCUCGGCAACGCUCUGCGAUAUAUCAUCAUGAAGAACCCUGAUGUUGAGUUUUGCGCAUACGCUAUCCCCCAUCCCUCCGAGGAUAAGAUGAACUUGAGAAUUCAAACAUACGACACAACAACUGCCGCUGCCGCCUUGGCCAAGGGCCUCCAGGAUCUAGAAGAUCUAUGUGAUGUUGUUUCUGACAAAUUCUGGACCGAGCGAGAGAAAUUCGAAGCAACGCCAGAGCAGUCUCUUAAGAGGCAAGAGGAGGCAGAGAGGAGAUUAGAGGCAGAGGCAUAA